AUGGAUCCACUGACAACUUCUCUUUGCGACUCAAACCUUUUCGAGAAGCUCGCGCAACACCCGGAUGUGCACAAGCAUCUGGCUGAUCCUGGCUUCGUUACGGAGCUGAAGAGGCUGCAGCAGCUGGCAAAUGACUCUUCGGAAGCUGAGCCCCAGGCCGCCGCAGCGGUGGGACAGAAGGUGGCGCAGGCUGCCCACCGGGAUCCUCGGGUGAUGCAGGCACUUAUGGCACUUCAGGGCCAGGGCCUUUCUGUGGAGGAAAGUGACCUUCGCCAUGCCGAAGAGGUUGGGGACAUGCAGCGACGCGAGCCCGUGCAACUGGAGCAGAUGUUGCUUGUACGAGACCUACAAGACCCCGACGAGGCUCGCAUCAAAGGAAAUGAGCACUUCAAAGCAGGAAAAGUGCCGGAAGCGCUGGCGCAUUACGAAAAAGGCCUCGAGCUUCUGAGACAGCAGUCGUCGGUCUCUGCCGAAGCUGUUGCCACUCUCCUCAGCAAUUCAGCACUUUGUCUCUUGAAGCUGAAAUGGCCUGAUCGGGCCAAGAAGAAGGCGACCACGGCCAUUCUCGCAAUUCAGCAGGCAGGCGACCGGAAUUUUGACCAGUCCAAGCUGUUCUACAGGAGAGCCUUGGCCUGCGAAGCAUUGAAAGAAUUCAGGAUGGCUGUGGAGGAUAUGAGCCAGUCAUUAAAACAUGCAGAGAGAACCUCGCCGAAAUCAGAAGUGCAGCGGUUGCGCGGUGAAGUAGAGCGAUUGAAACGGCUGCGGGCAUCUGCUGAAGCUGAUGCAGAGAAGAAGAGGCGGGCAAAGGACGGUGAAAAGUCCGCUGAAGUUCAGCGAAUGCAAGGCACUGAGCUCCAGGCAGCUUCUGGCUAUUCUGCUCAGCAUCUGAGCAGGGAGUACCUUGCAGAACAAGACUUCUCUCACUGGACGACUGGCCGAGUACGAGAUGCGGUGGUCGGCGUAUCUCACACUUGCCCCAGCGGAGCGACAAUUGAACUUGUCGAGCUUAAAGAGCAGACGAAGAUCAGCGCGGCCAUCACCAACAAGAAAGGCAAGCGGGCCCUGUAUUACGAGAUGGAUCUCCACUGCCUCUGGCGGGGAAGGUCUGCAGACGGUGAAAUGCAAGGCCUGAUACGAGUUUAUAACAUUGCACACGACACAAAGUUUGAACUCGGUGGUGAUGAAAAUACUUCGUACAUGUACCAAUUGGGCUGGGACCAAAGGCAGUCAGGCUCCUGGGUGGAGGAGAUGAAGAAAGAGGCUGCUGAGUUGUUUGACCUUGUUGCUGUCAAGGGUGCCUUUGGAACCGUCUCCAAGUGGCGCGUCAACGGCAUGGACGAAUCUGCAGACAAUCACGUGGCUGUGAAAUUGAUCAAGUGGCAGGCAGUGUGGCAAGGUUUCUUUCGGAAUCGCGCUGCGGAAAAAGAGAUUCGAAAAGAGCUGAAGCUUCUCUUGAUUUUGGACAACCCGUUCAUCAUCAAGUUUCGUGAGUGGUUCGAAGAUCCUUGCAGCGGGAUCUUUUUCGUAAUGGAGCUGUGCACUGGGCCGUCCCUGCAGAACAUACUUGAGGACGUUUGUGCGCUAUGCGAGCAUUCGGAGCGCACUGCACACUUGCAGAAGCUGCGACGGCAUUUUCGAGAGGUGACGUAUGCCGUCAGCUACAUUCACAACUUUGUCCCGGCUGUCAUCCAUCGGGAUCUGAGCUUUUGUCGCAUUCAGAGAAGUCGCGGCAUGCCACUAGAACGUGCGUGCAUUCGAUGA